CCCAGACAGCGUGAGAGUGUGUUCCAGAUGGAGUCAAGGUGGCCAUCAAGGUGAUCAAAGUGUGUUACUUCAGCGUGCAGACAUUGGAUCGGCCCAGGAGAGACAAGGAGAGGCGACGCAACAUGAAGGUGGCAGUGAAGGUGCUGCAGGUGGACGAGGACCGGCUGGACGAUGCUCGGGAAGAGUACCACGUCCUCCGCGACCUCAGCGAGCACCCCAAUCUCCCGGACUUCUACGGCGCGUUCGCCAAGCGCGCCGACGACGGCGACGAGGUGUGGUUCGUCAUGGAGCUGUGCGCCCACGGCCCCGUCACGGACCUGGUGCGCGGCAUGCUCGAGCAGAACAAGAAGAUGAACGAGGACCACAUCGCCUACAUCCUUAAGUGCGCCAUCAAGGCCCUGGUGCACCUCCACGAGCACCACGUCAUGCACCGCGACGUCCGCGGGAGCAACCUCCUCCUCAACGCCGCAGGCGAGGUCAAGCUGGUCGACUAUGGACUGUCGAGGGAGCUGGACAGCACCAUGGGGCGGAAGUCCUCGUGCCUGGGCUCCCCGGCGUGGCUGGCGCCCGAGGUGGUGGCGUGCUCCAACACCCACAAGGAGGACAGCGAGGGCUACGACAACAAGUGCGACGUCUGGUCCGUAGGCAUCACGGCGAUCGAGCUGGGCGACGGCAAGGCGCCGCUCCAGGACAUGCACCCGACCCGCGCGCUGUUCCAGAUCCUGACCAACCCCCCGCCCGCACUGUACCGCCCCGCCAACUGGACCCAGCUUUACAACGACUUUAUCACGGAGUGCCUGGAGAAGAAUCCCGAGAACCGCCCCUUCAUGCCAGAACUGAUGGAGCAUCCCUUCAUCACGGCCCUCCCGGAGAACGACGACCACUUUCAGACCGAACUCAAAAUGAUCGCCGAGACGGCGUCUUCGGCCAUUCGAGACAAGCGCUACGAGGAGGUUCUCGUCCGGGACGGGUUCAUCCAGAAGGACCAGUCCAACGCCGUGGAGACCAUGGUCGUGGAGGACCUGGCUGCCAUGGAGGUCCUGACGGAGGAGACCAUCACGCGCGAGCUGGAGGAGCGCUACCGCCGCGGCUACUACCACUCGUUCGUCGGCGACGUGCUGCUCGUCGUCAACCCCAACGCGGACGUGGCCAACAUGUACGGCAAGCUGCGCCAGAGCAAGUACCAGUUCAAGUCCCGCUCCGACAACCAGCCGCACGUGUACGCCGUGGCGGACUCGGCGUACCAGGACGUGUUCCACAACGAGGAACCGCAGCGCAUCAUCCUGGCCGGCGAGUCCAUGUCCGGCAAGACGACCAACUUCAAGCACAUGCUCACGCACCUGCUGUUCCUCGGCAAGAGCGGCAACGGCUCCGGCGACCGGGUGGAGAAGGCGGUGAGCGUGAUCCAGGCGCUGGGCAACGCGGCCACGCCCAUCAACCCGAGCAGCACGAGGCAUGUGCACCACCUGGAGGUGACCUUCACGGCCACGGGCAGGGCUAGUGGCGCCAUCAUCUGGCUCUAUCAGUUGGAGAAGUGGAGGGUCACCACCGAGUGUCAGAAGGGCAACGCCAACUUCCACGUGUUCUACUACUUCUACGACGCCAUGGCGGCAAGCAGCUCCCUCGACCGCUACCUCCUGGAGCCCGGGAGCGGGUAUCGCUACCUGCGCUCGAGCGGCGAGACGUGCAGCGACAAGGACCCGCGCAACACGCAGGACGCCAACGUGGCCAAGUACGAGAAGCUGCGCCAGUUCCUCAUCGACCUGGACUUCGACGAGGACCAGCGCGAAUGCCUGUGGAAGACCUUGGCCGCCAUCCUGAUCCUGGGCGAGGUGACGUUCGUCGACACCGAGGAUAACUUCGCCGACGUCGAGAACCCGGACAUGGCCAACAAAGUCGCUCAGCUGCUCUCGGUGGAAGAGAAGAAGUUCGUGUGGGCGCUCACCAACUACUGCGUGAUCCAGAAGGGCACGGCCGUGCGGCGGCGGCACACCCGCGAGGAGGCCGUGCAGGCCCGCGACGUGAUGGCCCGAGCGCUGUACGCGCGCCUCGUCGACUGGAUGGUCAACACAAUCAACUACAAGCUCUCCUACAACCGAGCCAUCUUCGGAGACAAGCACGUGGUGACCAUCACGGACAUGUUCGGAUUCGAGAACCACGCGAGGAACACCAUGGAGACCCUGUUCAUCAACACCUUCAACGAACAGAUGACGUACCACUAUGGGCAACGUUGCUUUGCAUGGGAAAUGCAAGAGCAAGAAGAGGAGGAAAUCCCUCUGCAGCCGCUGCAGUACUACAACAACAAGGGGACGGUGGACGAGCUGAUGCUGAAGCCUGACGGGCUGCUUUACCUUCUGGAUGAGGCUAGCCGGAAUGGCCAGGGCCCUGA